AUGAAAGAGCUGAGGCCUGGUGGCUCGUCUAUUCCGGUCACCAACCAGAAUCGACUGGUGUAUAUAUCCUACAUUGCCCGAUACCGAUUACAACUGCAACCACAAUACCAGACCAAUGCUUUCCUGCAGGGUCUCGGGCAAAUGAUUCAGCCCGCAUGGCUGUCUAUGUUCAACCAAGCCGAGUUGCAAACUCUGGUGAGCGGCGAGAAUGCCGAUAUCGACGUGGAAGAUCUUCGGCGAAACACACAAUACGGUGGUGUAUAUACCAUUGGUGACGACAAUCAGGAGCACGAGACGGUGAAGCUGUUUUGGAAGGUGAUGCAUGACAUGAGCAACGAAGAGCGCCAGAAGGUCCUCCGCUUCGUGACCUCAACACCUCGAGCCCCGCUACUUGGGUUCAGCCACCUCAACCCACGAUUCAGCAUUCGGGACUCGAGUGAGGAUCAGGAGCGCCUACCGAGCACAAGUACCUGUGUCAACCUCCUGAAGCUGCCGCGCUACUCGAAUGCGGAGACCUUGCGGAGCAAGUUGCUGUAUGCAGUGAGCUCAGGAGCUGGAUUUGACCUAAGUUAA